CGCCACGCAACACCAAUAACGACAAACACUGGUGCUCGAGCCCCUCUCGCCAAUCAAUCCUCGCCCAGCCGCCUCGCCCUCGGAACUCAUCAAGCGACGGCACGCGACUGAGCGAGCGAAGCUGUCGAGGCGAGACUGAAGCCCAGCAGCGACUGCCGUCCUUCACGACGACCGUCAUUGGGGGUGCACGCUCACUGUUCAACGUCGAUAACUACCACCUACUAAGGGCCUCGACUGGUAGUGACUAGACAUCCAUGGUGGCGAUAUCUCGUUGACCCUAUCUAAAGGUCUGUCCGCAGUUACCAUGCUUCUCGUUCCUCGACAUCCAGCCACCAUCAGCGGCAGUCUGUCUGGAUGUAUUCGUAGGCGUCGCCACGGCUAGGCGAGUUGGCUAGUGGCGGGAGCAACGGAGAACAAGUUGUCCAAAACUCAUUGCUGCUCCGAAACACCCGAUAUAUACUGUCAAAGGCGCAACAGCACCGUCGAUAAUAGGGAUCUCGGCGGCGCGCGCUGUGCCUUGGCUGGGAGACCCUUGGAAAAAUUCAUCAUACGUGGCGACCAGAACAUCGGUUCUUUCAGGAACAAUCUCAUCUCUCGACCGCCCUGGGAUCGAGGGCCCGCCAAAGAUAGAAGCGAACCGUUGAGCACCCCUAGCUUGCAGAAGCUAGCAAAAAGGGCGAUCCACUGCCAGAAGUCCGUCGGACUUGCAGUGACUUGCAAUGCCCACUGUUAAACGCGCCGGCGUCACCGGACUCGGCAGCCGGGCAAUAGGCUCUCCGCUGGCACACCCCAGAGGCCGCCACUGCAGCUCAGCGCCGCAAACGCAGCCGCCCUUGUCUCUUACCGCAAACUUAGCCUGGGGUUAGCGAAGUCAGACGGUCCCCAGGUUCCAUUCCUGUUAAUCUUGUUGGCCAUAUAUGCUGGGCCCGUUGACGACACGACUGUCGUGAAACUGACUGCCCACUGCGUUUUCAACCAGGUCGUACCACCAACUACAAGUUCUCUUUGAGGUGCUUGAUCUAUUUCACUCACGAUAAGCCGUGACCAAUACUCAAUUAUAGAGCGCGGAGUGAGACCUCGGACAGAGAUGUAAAUAAGUCGGCCGCACAAGCACUUGGCCCUGUCAGCACGCUGGUCACAUCAAAUGGCAAUCCGACUGCCUACCUUCAAAAAGAGGCUCUGCAGGAAGCUCAGCAUCGCAACAGUCGUCGUUGUCUUCCUCGUGAUCCUUUUGCUGCUUGGGCAAAGCUUCGUCACCGACGGAACGGUUCACCCUCCUGGUCAUUUCCAGGAGCAUGCUAAAUGGCCACGAUGCGGUAGCGAUAACCUGACUGUUGCGGCAGAGGAAUGGAGGCGAACAGAGGAUCGGUAUAAAGACUUGAUCGAGGACAAAUUCACUAUCGCCCUUUCGACAUUUCACCGUCCAAAAGAGCUCGGGCACACCCUUGGCACACUUCUGUCAGUGCCCAUACCAUCUCUAUACGAAGUUGUCGUCGUCUGGAACAACCUAGAUCAGGAGCCGCCGGAAGAUUUUGUCUCAUCACACGGCGUGCCCGUCCGUUACCGAGUACCGUCUCGCGACAGCCUCAACGAGAAGCUGCGGCCCGACCCGACGUACCGCACAAAAGCGAUCCUCCUAUCUGACGACGACGUCUACUAUCGGCCGUCCGACCUAGACUAUGUUUUCCAGAUGUGGCGCCAGUUUGGCCAGGACAGGCUCGUCGGCGCACUCGCGCGCUGUGCCUCGCUCGACCGUCGCGGCCAGUGGCAGUACCAUUUCUGCCACGGGGGCGAGAGCGCGGGGGCCUACUCCAUCGUCCUAACCAACUUGGCGUUUGCGCACAUAGGCCUGCUCGACUACUACUUCUCAGACGCGCCCGAGGCCGUGCGUGUGCGUAAUCACGUCGACGCCGGGUUCAACUGCGAGGACAUCGGACUCAACGCGCUGGCGUCUAUGCUGACGCGCCGCGGGCCCCUCCUCGUGCGCGGCAGUAAGCAGUGGGUGAAUCUCUCGCCUCCGAGCGGCAUCAGUCGUAACCCGCACCACUUGGAGACGCGCAGCGCAUGUCUCAAUCGCUUCGCUGAGGCGAUCGGCUGCAUGCCCUUGGUGGACGAGAUGGGCAGGGUGGAGAGGGGUUACAAGCACAAUGUGUGGUACAAGUCGUUUUGGGACAGGCUGGGGACGUGA